AUGCCAUCUGAAUUUGACCAGACUUGGAUGUGGCAUCCCCAUUUCCGCGAAGACAACCCCAACACGUCUGGUCUAUUCGUCCAUUUUAGACGACGAUUCGAGGUACAAGGCCAGCCCCCGUGUAAACUGGUUAUCCUAAUCACGGCCGACACCAAAUACAAACUCUAUGUGAAUAAUAAGCAAGUCGCUUUCGGCCCUGUCAAGGGGGACGCCAAGUUGUGGUUCUACGACCACGUUGACAUUGGGCCAUAUCUGCGACAAGGGGAUAACCACAUCGCAGUUCAUGUCCUGCGCUUGUUUUACCGUGACGACUAUGCUCCUUCUUUCCCACGGCUUCCAACUGGCGGCCUUAGGGUCGGUCUUCAAGCCAAAUGUGAGCCUUGGUCGUCACUUCUGGAGAGCAGCGAGAAGUGGGAAACUGCCAUCGAUCCGCAUACCAUGCUUAGGGUAGAUGAACCUGAGGACUACUUUCUUCACAUAUACGAGCGAACAAGCGCCACCCCAAAGGAAAGAUUGUCCUGGUAUCCCGCCAGGCUGCUCGCAUUCAACAACCGCACCGGGUAUUCUCCCCCCUGGCACUUGGCGCCUCGCAUGAUACCACAAUCUUGUACCCGACGAAUUGCGUUGAGGCGAGUCCACAACGUCAAAAGUGAAGUGUCUCCGGACACAUGGCAGGCCAGGCUUUGCAGUAAAGCAGCGGCGGCAGAUGACCAGGCAUGCCUCGUCCUCGCGCCAGGGAGCAAACACUCGAUCGAGCUCGAAGCAGAAGGGCAUCUCACUGCAUUUAUCCGGGCUAAAUUUCGGCGGCCGCGGAGAGGAGGCGCCACUCUUCAGGUGACGUACUCGGAGAGCUACGAGGACGAGCCUCGGGCAACACCGUGGGCGCGGAACAAGGACAAUCGUUGCGAUUAUAAUAAGGGACUGUACGGCCCCAGCGACAUCUAUGAGUUCCAGGGACAGGGUCAUUUUGAGCCGUUGGGGCACUACACGGAUGAAUCGGAAUAUGAAAUCUUUAUGCCAUUUCAUUUCCGCACAUUUCGCUUCCUCAGAAUAGAGAUCGACGCUGGGCGAGACGGUUUGGCAUUUGAUGGGCUGGACGUCGACGAGACCCAUUACCCACUAGAUAUCUGUGCCAGAUUCGAAGCUGGCCAGCAAGGAUCCGAGAGCAAUGGGUUAUGGAAGCAGCUCUGGUCGACUAGUGUCCGUACCUUGGUCAACUGCAUGCAUGAUUGCUAUGAGGAUUGUCCGUUAUAUGAACAGCUGCAAUAUGCCAUGGAUGCUCGAAGCUCAGCGCUCUUCACCUACAACUUAUCCGGCGAUGACCGGCUCGCUAGACAAGCCCUUAUUCAGCUCCACAACUCGUUCGAAGCUCGCAUAGGAUUGACAGCCAGCAGAGCACCUUCGCAUCGCCCCCAGCUCAUCCCGCACUUUAGCCUCUACUGGAUCAUGUCUGUCCGUGACCACUACUUCCACAGUGGUGAUGCCAGUUUCACUUCUCAUUUCCUCCCAGUCAUUGACGCUGUCCUGUCAUACUUUGAGACACGCGUGGGUCCUAGCGGCUUAGUACACUCUGAUACAUCUGAGGUCUGGCAGUAUGUCGACUGGGCUUAUGAAUGGUGCCCUUUUGGAGUACCCCCCGCCGUGGAGCGAACUACGAUCUCAACCUACACGAAUCAGAUGUAUGCGCAUACUCUUUCCAUUGCUGCGGGCCUGCUUAGAGAGCUGGGGAGACCUGCCAUUGCUGAAGAGUAUCUGAGGCGAUCCGAGAAAAUUGUACAACGAGUCCAAGCAAUGUGUCACGACGGCGAAUUCUUCACAGACACUGUGAGUAGCGACUCGACAGAGAAAGACUACAGCCAACAUUGCCAGGUCUGGGCUGUGCUGAGUGGCUGUGUUAAGGGCACAGAUGCCCAAGAGCUGCUGAGGAAGAGCCUACAACGCUCGGCUGCAGGUAGCUUUGUACGGGAAUCAAUCGCCAUGUCUUUCUACACACUACGAGCGCUCAGCGUCGCUGGUGGCACUUUAUACGAUGACGUAUUCCCUUCGUUCUGGACGAUGUGGCAGAAACAGCUCGACCAGAAUUUGACGACUUGGGUUGAGGACCAGGUUGGGCAACGGUCAGAUUGUCACGCUUGGGGCAGCAUUCCCAUUUACGAAGCCACCGUGGAGGUUGCCGGGGUCCAUCUGACUCGCCCUGGCUGGAGGGCCAUCGACUUUUCUCCCCGUAUCAAUCUAUUUCCGAAGCUAGAGGCGACCAUCCCGCUCAAUAUGGUUGACGGCACGCCCAGAGGUCUGGUCCGUGUCGCCUGGAGACGCAAUGGGAAAGGGGACACACAUGUGCGGCUUACUAUUGACAUGAGAAUGUCGGAGGGAAUUUCAGUGAAUGUCCUUAUACCAGGACAUGAACAAGUACUGCAGGGAGUCAGUGGUCAGUGGGACUUUGACAUCAAGGCUCCGUGAGAUUGCGUUGGUAUAAAUGUGGUGGCAAUUCCCGUGUCUAGCUUAUUCUUGCUUAAAGGUGUAUACACACAAGUUACUGAUCAUGGAGGUGUCAAAUAGAAAUCC